GCCGUGAAUUUGCUCUCCCGAACCCUCGGUCCGGUUCGUUGAUUUGCCUUUGCUCAUUCAUCCUUCCCACACCCCCGCCAUCCUGCCAUACUUCAUCACUCCACACACAAACUUUUCUGCAAAAUGGCUCAAAAUAGCAAGUCUCCUUCCCAUUGUACCGAGAUGAGCCGGCCGGUAGUGAUGGGAAAAAAUUUCUCACAAUUAACAGUAGCUACCUAGGUAAGAAGAUGAGGAAGGGAGGGAAAGUACUUUCCUAGUGUCCAACCGUUUCCCAAUCAGCGAGCGGGAAGAACCAACGUCUUCUCUUCUCAAGUCUCAAGUCUCUCGUCCCUCUGUCUGGCAUGAGAGAAGUGCCAGGCUUCUUCUUCUUCUUCUUCUUCUAUUUCUGCAUGUGCUGCCGCACUUCCGUUCCACGCUAUGAGGCCGUCCAAGACAUUUCCAAGGUUUGGUCUACACUACACACAGCUCACAGGAAGGUCCUAGUGCACCUUGUGCAGACCCCGUCUUGGCUUUGCUCGAACCCUGGGCGAACCCCUCUAAGUGUGCCUUUUCUGCCGGAGUGCCCCUCUUCUCUCUCUCUCUCUCUCUCUCACUCUCACACACUCUCACACCCUCUCACACCCUCUCACACCCUCACACACUCUCUCUUUCCCAUCGUGUACCAUGUCCGCGGUGUCGCAUCUGGCAAAUCUGACAUUUUCUCCCCCGAAGCCCCAAUUUUGCACGCUACCUGCCUGCCCUACGCAUCGCUGCGCGACACCACCGCGACUUGUCAUCACCCAGGCCCUGCUCAUUUGGGCGAAUCACUGUCCUCUUCCCGCGUCAUCAACCAAGCCCCUGCGACAAAAAAAAAAAAAAAAAAGAGCACCCGGGAAGCUUGAAUCUGCCCUUUGACAUAUGUGCCGGCCGCAAACCCUGGACGAUGUGGUCAUCGAAUUCCCGGCUGCCGCCUCAGUCCAGCCAUGC